CUUAUUUUGUUCUGUCUUCCCGCAGCUUACAGCAGUUGUUCAAACAAAUUUUACAAUGCCUUCAGAUAAUUCGAAUGAAUGCGACAUUGACGCAAAACUGGGCAUUUCUGAUGUUGAUCUCUCGAAUAAGCGCGUGCUUAUAAGGGUGGACUUCAACGUUCCUUUGGACGCGAACGGACAAAUCACAAAUACUCAGCGAAUUGACGAGGCUAUUCCCACCAUUCGACAUGCCCUUGAAAAGCACGCCAAAGUCGUCAUAUUGAUGAGCCAUCUUGGCCGCCCGGAUGGUAAUCCAGACUCCAAAUUGUCGUUAGCUCCUGUCUCUAAGAAGCUUGAGGAAAUUUUAGGCAGACAGGUUAUUUUUCUAGACGACUGCGUAGGAGAGAAAGUUGAAAGGCAAUGCAGCGAAGCGCCAGAAAACUCUGUGGUUUUACUGGAAAACCUGCGUUUCCAUAUGGAAGAAGAGGGCUCUGGUAUUCGCGAUUCGAAAAAAGUGAAGGCGAAUCCUGAAGAUGUCAAAGCCUUUCGCGCCUCCUUGUCACGUUUGUGUGACGUCUACAUCAACGAUGCCUUUGGGACGGCGCACCGUGCUCACUCUUCGAUGGUAGGUAUAGAUGUGCCUUGCAGAGCAGCUGGGUUUUUGAUGAAAAAGGAGUUGGACUAUUUUGCGCGAGUAACGAAGAAUCCAGAGCGUCCUUACUUGGCAAUUUUGGGCGGAUCUAAAGUUUCCGACAAGAUCAAAAUCAUUGGCAAUUUGCUGAAGAAAGUUGAUGAGAUGAUCAUAGGUGGUGGAAUGGCUUUCACGUUUAAGAAAGUGCUCUGCAACGUUGCUAUUGGCAAUAGUUUGUUCGACAAAGAAGGUGCCAACCUUGUUAAAAACAUUGUUCAAGAGGCCGAGGCCAACAAAGUGAAGUUGCAUUUGCCGGUGGAUUAUGUAACGGGCGACUCUUUUCGUGCAGAUGCAAAGGUUGGGUAUUCAGACGACACUACAGGCAUCCCAGAUGGCCAUCUUGGGCUGGACGUUGGAAAGAAAUCUAUUGAGCUGUUCAAAGAGUCAGUCGCCAGAGCCCGUACAAUCAUGUGGAAUGGUCCAUUAGGCGUGUUCGAGUGGGAUUCUUUCUCAAAUGGCACCCAUGAAAUUUUAAAUGCAGUUGUCGAUGCGACUAAAAAUGGUGCUGUCUCGGUGAUUGGGGGAGGAGAUACAGCUACAGCUGCCGCUAAAUGGGGGCUAACUAACUCAGUGAGCCACGUCUCUACAGGAGGCGGGGCCAGCCUAGAACUUUUGGAAGGUGCUAUCCUUCCUGGGAUUUCGGCACUUAGCUCAAGAGUGUGAGUUUUGAGCGGUGAGCCUUUCUAUAGCAUCAUCUUUUUUAUAUGUUCAAUACGUUACAAUAAAUUGUCUUCUGUUCUUGUUUCAGUACGUCAAUUUUUUUUUGCUGCCAAAUUUAACUAGGCUUAACUCGGCGACGUGAGACAGUCAUGCCAAGAAGCGGUGUUCAGAAAGAAGUGCUCAAAUUGUUUAGGUCGUUCUUGAGGGAAGUCGCUCGAAAGCCGGUUGAGUCUCGAGAAUCGACAAAGCAAGUGAUUCGAGCACGUUUCAAGGAAAAAAAGGCUAUAAGGUACUUUGCUUUUUAGACCGUUUGUGGCAUUUCAGCUUACUUCGGUUUUGGAUCGGGACGCUUCGUUCGUAGGCUUAUUCUUUCUUCUUUCGUUGAGUGUCUAGGAGGGACAACAUUGAAGAAAUUGCAUAUAACCUCGAGCUGGGAAAGCGACAACUUGAAGAUUUCAAGAGUGACCGAUUGCGUAGCAUUCGUUACGUCUGAAAUGAACAUUUUCGCUGUACUACAAGGCCUUCUUUGUGGUGGUUUCAGGUAGAUGUACCCAGGACAUUGCUGUACUUGACGAGGGAGUACAUAGUGGAUUUUGAAAUGUAUCCUUUCUCUGACUUUCGAGAGGGCACGACCUGUGUUUUUGUGCCAAAUUCGCGCACUUUAUUCGCAAAGUUGUGCUGUGAGGUAUCAGCCGCGAACGGGGAUUUUUGCGCGAGGGAUGUUCUGCGAAUGGAAGCGUGACCAAGUGUCUGCAGUGAAGACGGAAUAGUCCUUUUUAA